AUGGAGUCACCCGAAAUGCAACGAUACGGCGACUCGCCUCGAAGUUUCAACCAAAGUCAAUUAUUGGAUGAAUAUCUGAUUGAUGAGAUCCUCUCGUUGGAGGACGAGCAGCGCACUCGGGGCAGCAAACCACACCAAACACCGCUGACCGCCUCGUACUCUUGUGCAGACAAUUUGACGAAUCUCUCCUCGCAAGGAAGACCGAUUCCCGGAAACAACUCUUCAGAUGAG